AUGCUUUUUCCUAAUUAUCCUUCUGGUCCGAGGACAAUCUCAGCAUCGUUUCAGAAAAACUCUGGAAGUCCUGGAGGAAGUGGAGGUCCUAGUAUUCCUGGAAAUUCUAGCAGACCCAGCAGUAAUCCCAUGUAUAGUGGAGGUCCUCGGAAUCCUAGAAAUUCCCGAAGACCCAAACAGCAAUCUGUAAGCACUGUAAGUCCUGUAAGUCCUGGAAAUCCUAGAAGACCCGGCAGGGAACCUAUGAGUGCUGGCAGCCCUAGGAAUCCUGGAAAUUUUGGAAGACUCUGCAAGGAACCUGUAAGUACUGGAGGUUCCAGAAGUCCUGGAAAUCCUGGUAGAUCUGGCAGGGAACCUGUGUGUACUGGAAGCCCAAGGAAUCCUGGAAAUCCUAGAAGACCCAGGAAAGAACCUGUAAGUACUGGAGGUUAUAGAAGUCCUGGAAAUCCUGGUAGGCCCAACAGUGAACCUGUGAGUACUGAAGACCCUAGGAAUCCUGGAAGACCUGGAAGGAACAUUGUGAGUACUGUAAAAGACAAUCAUUAUUUGCAUUGA